UGGACCCGCCACACUUGGAGGAGCGCCGCAGGUGGACGUUGUUCUCCUUCAAAUUCUGUAGGUCUCUGCGCGCCAGCGCCCGCCGGGAGCACAGCUUCCCGGCUCACUCCUUGGCAGCGCCCAGCAGGCUCAGGCGGGUACCGGAGCGUCUUUGAAGAAGCCUCGUUUCAGCUGAGACCUGACAGCUGUAGGGAGGGCCAAGCAAGAGCGCAUACGAGGUGUCUGAGGCAGAAGAACAGGGAGUUUGCAAACUGAAAGAGUGGCGGACAAAACGGAGAAGAGAGGGGCUGCCGAGGUGGGCCAGUGGGGCGGUGCCCCCCUCCACGGGCGGCCUCCGGGACAGGCAGGAGGAGCCUGGGUGUGGUUGGCAGAGCAGACGUGGGCCACCGCGUGCGUCCUUCCAGCCUUUCUUCACCUGCUCCUGGAACAGGCUCUUUUGGGACUUCACCAUGACCCUCUACCUGCGGCAUUACUGGAAGGAUGAGCGGCUGGUCUUCCCCAGCACCAGCAACAAGAGCAUGACCUUCGACGGCCGGCUGGUGAAGAAGAUCUGGGUCCCCGAUGUCUUCUUUGUUCACUCCAAAAGGUCAUUCAUCCACGACACCACCACGGACAACAUCAUGCUGAGGGUGUUCCCAGAUGGGCAGGUGCUGUACAGCCUGAGGAUUACAGUCACCGCCAUGUGCAACAUGGAUUUCAGCCACUUUCCCCUGGACUCCCAGACCUGUUCUUUGGAGCUGGAAAGCUAUGCAUAUACAGAUGAAGAUCUGAUGCUGUACUGGAAGAAUGGGGACGAAUCCCUGAAAACAGAUGAGAAGAUCUCCCUGUCUCAGUUUCUGAUUCAGAAAUUCCACACCACUUCCAGACUGGCCUUCUAUAGCAGCACUGGCUGGUACAACCGUCUCUACAUUAACUUCACGUUGCGUCGCCACAUCUUCUUCUUCUUGCUGCAAACCUACUUUCCCGCCACCCUGAUGGUCAUGCUGUCCUGGGUGUCCUUCUGGAUCGACCGCAGAGCUGUGCCCGCCAGAGUUUCACUGGGGAUCACCACGGUGCUGACCAUGUCCACCAUCAUCACGGGUGUGAACGCCUCCAUGCCCCGCGUGUCCUACAUCAAGGCCGUGGACAUCUACCUCUGGGUCAGCUUCGUGUUCGUGUUCCUCUCGGUGCUGGAGUAUGCGGCCGUCAACUACCUGACCACCGUGCAGGAGAGGAAACAGCGGAAGCUGCAGGAGAAGUUCCCAUGCAUGUGUGGAAUGCUCCACUCAAGAACCAUGAUGCUGGGUGGAAGCUACAGUGAGUCUGAGGCCAACAGCCUGGCCGGGUACCCGAGAAGCCAUAUUCUGACAGAAGAAGAAAGGCAAGACAAAAUAGUGGUCCACCUGGCCCUGAGCAGUGAAUCCAACUCCUCCAGGAAGAAGGGGCUUCUGAAGGGCCAGGUGGGUCUUCGCAUCUUCCAGAACACCCACGCCAUCGACAAAUACUCCCGGUUGAUAUUCCCAGCUUCCUACAUAUUUUUCAACUUAAUUUAUUGGUCAGUGUUAGCCUAGGAGCUCUGAGGCUGUGCCUGGGGAAGGGCACGGACAUCUCUGGUGUCUGGCCGGCCGCCCACACGUGGACCUGCUGAGCGUGACCCCUCACAGACAGAGCAGCAGCCCCUGGACCACCUCAAGCAGCAUCCUGGCUCCCGGAGGAGCCCAGGGGCCCUCCAGCUGCCCUCCCCCAGUCCUCGUGGGCUUGCUCAUCGUUCAUGCUGUGUUGUGUCCCACUUCUUGCCGCUCUGGGACUGUCUUCUUCUGUUCUUGUGUGUGAACAGGUUCAUGAGAGCCUCCCUCCAAUAAAAAAAGACUCAAAUGCCUCCCAGAUGAAUGUUCUGAGACCCUUAUGAAGCCUAGGAUUCAGUUAUAAAGGGAAGGGAAAAAUGAAGGGCAAGCUUAGGGGCAUUCUGGACAGGAGACAGGAAAUUAAGAUUCAAAAUAGGAAUAAAAAAAUCUGUAAACCCUACACUGGAUUAAGUGCCUAUCUAGGAAAGAAAAAGAAAACUCAGAUCCCAGAUGAAAUGUUUUGACCUGGGUGAGUCUGGCAACUCGCAUGAUUUUGCAAUAUUAAGGGACAUCAUUCAUUCAUACAUCCAUUCAACCGUUCAUUAAAUAUUGAAUACCUGC